AUGAAAGCAUAUUUUAUAGUGCUCAUAGUGUUAGGCUGCCUUCUUGCUCUAAUCCUGUAUCUGUUUCUGAGAAUAAGAUGUGAAAAAAAGGAACGAAAAAUCUCCACUACUUCGCAGGAAAGUACUGAUGCAGCAACUGGUGAUGUCGAAAUUGGCAAAGGAAAAGGAACAAAUAGUACAGGUAGUGUAAAAGAUGGUGAUAUGGUCAUUUUAGCAGGAGAUGGUGGCCGUGCUUUGGCUCCUGUGGAGGUUAUAGCCGACAUAGGUAGUACUAUUGGUACCGAAAACGAUGAUUGUCGUUGCUGUGGCUGUGGCGGUGAUUGUGGCGGUUGUGGUGGAGGAUGCGGUGGCUGUGGCGGCUGUGGUGGCUGA